CACCAGGUAUCCACAAGGCCGCCAGGAGUCACCCACUUGUAUGACUCUGCGCGCGUCGGCCCGACGGAUUCUAAGGGGGACGAUCGUGACAGGCGGCACCGGUUGACGUUUGAGGCAGAGCAACGCCCCUCGUUUGCUCCUCGUCGCCAGGGUACAAAAGGCGCGAUUGUCCAACCGUUCAGACUCAACAUCUUUCGCUCCCCAUUGUCUCAAGAUGUAUUCACCUAGUAACGAAAUUCAAACAUUCCUCAAGCGUAUCUCGUCUCUGCCCGAUGGCCCUGGCGCCGGCCUCGACGACGCUCUGCAGCCUGCUCUCGAUUACGAGGCAGAUCUCCGUAGGCUCUUCGCGACCGAGCGCGACAGCUCCAUCCUCAAAGACCCCUACGUCGGACUCGUCGAUGUCUUCGCUGUCCCGAACGAGGCGCGUCUGACGCGUGAACGCGUCGUCAAAAACGAUGAUGACAAGAUCGCCAAGUUCGUCAUGCCUCUCAAUCCCGAGAAGCGUCGAAAGGAAGGGGUGCCAUCUACGGUGAAGGGUCUGGAUGAAUUCAAGGCGAACUUCAACGUAUUUACUGAGAACUCACUCUCACUUAUCACCGACUGGAGCAACAUUGUCGUCGCCGGCGGGUCUAUCCUUGCAUGCUUGUCCCCGCUGCCGGAUGAAGCGGCGCAAACGAGGAGGACGCUGAGGAAGUGGUUCCAUGCUGAGGCUACUCCCACCUCUGACAUCGAUAUGUUCCUGUAUGGUUUGACCCCCACCGAGGCGGAGAAGAAGAUUGACUAUAUCUAUCGCAUGGUUCGCGACGCCAUCCCUUGGGAUGUGACAUGUGUCCGCACUAAACACACCGUCUCAAUUCAUUCUCAGUACCCCUAUCGUGCGAUCCAGAUUGUACUGCGUCUCUAUCAGUCUCCUGCAGAGAUUCUGGCUGGCUUUGACAUCGAUGCUCCCUGCUGUCUCUACGAUGGCAACAAAGUCUGGGUCAACCCACGCUCCCUCAUUGCACUUAUGCGUCAGUGUAAUACCGUUGACAUGACUCGUCGGUCUCCCUCAUACGAGGUGCGCCUUGCAAAGUACGCAGCUAGAGGGUUUGAGGUGUACAUACCAUCUCUGCGGCGUGCUGAUAUCGACCCUACGAUCUUCGAGCGCUCCAUCGCCCGCGUUGCUGGCCUCGCCCGUCUUCUCGCUCUCGAGUCUCUGAGAGAUAGCAACAUUCGAGACAAGUUCAUCGAGGAGCGUCGGAAUCUCCGUGGGCGCCCUUAUGUAUACCGGGGCCGAUCCAAUCGCCAACGCCGGUACAAGGGUGACCUCAAGGGACUGGACUCGUUCUUUGGUUUGGAGAUGAACGACUAUGACGUGUCUACAUUGCACAUCCCGUACGGCCCGAGGUGGAAUGCCCAGCGAAUCGAAAACCUUAUUUACACGGCUGAUAUCAAGAUGAACUCUAUUUGGAACCCAAAGAACAAAGACCGCAAGCUUCACCGUCAUCCUGCAUUCUUUGGUACCGCAGCCGAAUGUCUUGAAGACUGCUGCGAGGCAUGCCCGGAGACAGGCACUGACGAAGAGCGCGCGCUUCUCGAGAAGGAUGACGAAAACUACAUCCGUGGUCGCGUUACCUUCAUACAUGAGAACCCUGGUCGCCAGAGCAUUACCGGCAGCUUCCGUCCCAUUGAUGAUGGCGAAUGGAGCGAGCUCGCGUACAUCGCCGACUCGACCAAAUUCUUCCACGCCGUUGCGCACAACGAUACUACUCCCGUCGCCCAGAUGAUCUCCGACGGCAUGGAUGCCAACCGUCGUGACCAUGCCGGGCGUACUCCACUCCAUCUUGCGGUGCUCUCCGGCUCGGUGGACGUAGCACUUCAGCUCAUCGAGUCCGGCACUCGCGUCUCAGCUAGGAUUGUUGACGGGCGGUCCGCGCUGCACCUCGCUGCUGCAGGGAACCACGUCCAGGUCAUCGAGAAGCUGUUGGAGCGUAGUAAAGGCAACGAAGAGGAAGCUCGGAAGAAAGCCGACGAAGAGAAGCAAGCCGGUCCGAAGGACGAGUCCAGAGCCAUGAGCCAUGACGGCAAAGAAGACGGCAAAGAAGACGACAAUAUGGAUGGCGAAAAGGAGGAUGAGGAUUGGGACGAAGUCGACGAUGAUGGCUCCGACACGAAGGAGAAGAAAUCCAAGGAUGGCGACCUCGACAUCAUGGCGGACGCUGUCGAUCUUGGAGCUAUCCCCGAGGACGAGUCUUCUCUCCCCGACAUCCUUGACAUCAACGCGCCCGACUGGGACGCUGUGCUCACGCCAAUCGGCUACGCCGUUAUGUCAGGGAGUGCUGAUGCGGUGAAGGCUCUCAUCAGCUCCGGUGCAGACAUCAAGACCGCAAUCAAGGGCAAUAGUGUCCGCGACCGCGUUCCGCUCCCUCUCAAGCUCACACGAUUCGUCGAGGACUCGACCAUUGCAUGCAAAAUCGCGAAGGCCCUUCUCGAAGCUGGCGCAUCGUCGACUGCAAUAGACGAUCAGCCCAAUAUGCUCACCGUCUUGCAUGAACACGUUAUGGCAGGCAAACUCGAGCUUAUCCAAACGUUCCUCGAGAACGAUCCCAACGCGAAGAAGGCCCUCGAAUUCCCUAGCAAAGUGAAUUAUGAGCUCUUGAUGAGCCCUCUUGCGAGUGCCGUCCAGGAAGGGCGGUAUGACAUCGUCAUCUUACUCCUUGCGUGGGGUGCCAAGCUAGAAUUAUCCGAGAACGAUGUUGCUCGCGCACAACAAAUGCUCAAGAAAACGAAACAGUAUAUCCGUGACCCGAUGCAGUCGGCCGAUGUGCUAGGAGUAUCGCUCGCGAACGUUCAUUGGGACCUGGCGCUAUCCCUCGUGAAACUCGGAGCUGAUCCCAACUCUCGACUCGUUGACAACGAUUGGAGGGCGACCCAUCGCACGAUUCUCGACUGGACGAUGUCCACCGACCAUCGCAUCGCGAAGCAGCUAGAUGAACAGUCGAAAUCCGAUGACGAGUCAUCCGUACCUGCUCUCAGCUCCCAACCAUCCGCGUGGGAGCAAGAAUACGUACAUCUCGUACGCAAGCUUGUCCAAGCAAAGAAGAGUGCGUCUGACCCUGAAGUGGACCGAGCGAAGGACGAACAGGAACGGAAGACGCGCCAGAUACGCGAGAUCAGCCGCGCCCACCUCGGCGAGCUCCGCGGGGAACUUGUUUCCGCUGGAGCAAAGACAUGCAAAGAGCUUCAUCCUGAUGACGGCGCGGCCGACGAUGCGUCAUCUCGACGAGAUCGCAGACGAGAUCGCCGAGAACCAGAAAACGUGAAGUAUGAGUUCUUGCCCACCUACUCAUGGAACUCGGACGGUACACCUCCGAAGAGCUCGUAUGAGCUAUAUGACCAGCUUUUCGAUGCUUGUUAUACAGGCGACGACGCAAAAGUCAUUCAGCUCUGCUUACAACCCCCAAAGGGCCGGAAUGCGCUGCGGAUUUCUGUCCAUAUUCCCCUUCCCCUUCCUGGUCAAUACGGAGGAUAUACGCCUCUAUUCGCCGCUGUGAUGGGUCGCAAGUGGACGACAGCAAAACUCAUCCUUGACAUUGCUCGGAAACAGUACGUCAAAGAGGAUGUCAGCGACAAUAAGGUUAAUUGGCAUGCCGAAAGCCUCCAACUUGACGAGAGCGAUAUGGGCGACUCGGAAGACGAGAUGGAUGUUGAUGACGAUGAAGUACCGCCCUCCGAAGAACCACACAUCAUCGACAUCAAGGACAUCCCGUCCGAGGUGCAGUGCAAGUCACCACCAGAAAACCUCUUGACGCUAUCGUACAAGAUCCCGAGCAACUCACAAGAAGAGGGCGGCCUUUCAUACUCGAGCAUCGUCUGCCAAGCGGCCCAAAAAAACGACCGCGAGAGUUUGGAGAAGAUCCUGGACUUGUACGACAGCUGCGAGGGCGAUUUCGGAGACGAAGUGAUGUCCUCUAUCGCCUCUGUGGACAACCCGGCUAUUCUCGACAUCGUCAUCAGGCGAUAUGGCGUCGGCAUUGAUAUUCCUAAAGAGAGCGAUGACGAUUGGAAGGAGGCCAAGGCGACUAACGGAAGGAGACCGUAUCUCGGCUUGACGGUUCAUGGGGAGAAGCGUACAGAUCUCGCGAAGAAGGUCGAAGGAAACUCGAGCGAAGACACAUCUGAACAUCGUCCGAUGCUUUAUAUUUUGGCUCGGGAGACUCUCCCUCACAUUGUCGAGUACCUCGGGAGCGAGGGCAUACUGACAAGCUACCGGGCGUACAUUGACUCUCACGAAGGGGACGACAAUAAGAAGAUCUCCUUCCUCAGGACAGCAUGCGAGUCUCUUGAGACGCUGCGUUCGCAUUUGGGCUGGACAGAGAGCAAGACCGGCGAGAAUUCCUUGACGGCAGCGCUUUGCAACAUUGAGAUUAAUAAAGCUCUCCCCGUGCUCGAGGCCAUGUUCCGCGCGAGGCCAGACUAUAUGAAAAAUCUGGUGAAUAAAACUCUGGUAAAACGCGGAUACAAUAGCAUACUGAUGGCUGUAAUGCGCAACUGCAAUCCCGCGUUGUUUAACUUUCUUCGUAACAAGGGUGCAUCGUAUAUGGAGCGCUCAGCAACCGAUAGGGCCAAUGUUCUUCACAUGGUGUGCUCUACCCAGAACACCGAGCUUUUUGAGCACUUCAUUCAGAAGCUGCCUCGAGCUGACCUUGACGAGCUGCUCGUUCAACGAGCUGGAUCGUCUAAAGAAACGCCUCUCCACGUCGCCGUCAGCAAGGGUAAUCUCCAGUUUGUCGAGCAACUUACAAAACUCGGGGGACCGAGUCUCACCGCUCGAAACCUGCACGGUAGCACUCCGCUGCACCUUGCGAUCUCUCUCAAACUCCAUCACAUCGUCUGCCACCUCGUCAGCGCCCUACCGCCCAAAGAGCUUCGGAACGAGACCGCCUUCGGCGAGACUCCUUUUGAACUCGCUGUACGGCAGAAAAUCCUCGAGGAUGUCCAAUCCCGCAACUCUGUUCGCUGUUUGAACUUGACGUCAACCACAGAGCCAUCUUUCGGUGAUGAAUACCUCACCCGCGAUCUCUGGGAGAAGCGUGCGGCCACCGUUCGCGGGGCUCUCGCUCGGCUGGCUGAAGGGAAACAUCUAGACCCGAAUGCGCAGCUCGCGACGGAGGCAGCUGCGCUCGCCAAGCGGCUCGAGGAUAAAGCGGCAGCUUGCUCUGAGAUAGACAAGGCGAAGUCGCAGGACCGCAAUAGUGCGCUUACGCUGGCAGUGUUGAAGGAAGCUGGAGCGGCGGUGCCGGGGCAGCGGGUUCUUGUUCAUGUCCACGACGUGCUGGAGUCCAUGAGCGGCACUAUUGAGGUGGUGAAGAAGAAGCAGGGACAAGAGGAUAAAGAGCAGAACGAGCGCGAGCGUGACAAGGCGUUUGGUAUCAAGAGGUGUCGGUAUGACUAUGGGGAGGACCAGGACUUUAUCGACGGGUUCUUUGUCGAAGGAAUGUGGGUGUAGGGGUUGAGUUUGUGUGGUCCUCACAGCGUAGUUAGAAACAUGUACGAGUACAUAUCUUUUCUUUCUCGGUCGUUGAAGCAAGCUUAAACUCAC